UCCUCUUCUACGCCGUCUUUUUAAAUAAUCUCCGUGAAGUGCUGCGAGAGAAGAAAACAUUUUAUUAUCGUGUCUGUCGAAGGAACAACAGAUUUCAAGGAACUGUACUGUUAUGGCAGGGGAUCCGCAUAUUUAGGCAGAGGAAAAGUCUCUGAACAGGAUCCUAAUUAGCCUGCAGGCACCAUGAGGUGACGACUGUGUGUCUCGUGUUUUUGCCGACGUGGACUUAUGGCAAGGAUCACGUUUUCCUGCCUGCCGGCCUCCUGGUACUGCAGCGUGUCCCUGCUGUCUCUGGGUUGUGCUCCCAGGCAGAGACUGCUGCUGCUGCUGCUGCUCUUCAUCACUUCUGCCGUCCUCCUCCUGGGAACCUACCAGAGGCAGCUGUGGGGUCCACAGAGACGGCCCGGGGCCCGGGUCAACAUGUACCUCACCAUCGCAGAGUCCAUGGAGGCCACUGACAUCCUCAACCCUGCUCUGAAUUAUGGGAUCGUGGUGGACUGUGGCAGCAGUGGCUCCCGGGUCUUUGUGUACUACUGGCCACCCCACAAUGGGAACCCUCACACCCUGCUGGACAUCAGACAGAUGAGGGACCGUGACCGCAAACCAGUCGUCAAAAAGAUCAAACCUGGUAUCUCCACCCUGGCGAAGACCCCAACGCAGGCCAGUGACUACCUCCACCCUCUCCUCAGCUUCGCUGCUGCUCACGUCCCGCAGGACAAACACAAGGAGACGCCGCUCUACAUCCUCUGUACUGCCGGCAUGAGGCUGCUGCCGGAGAGCCAGCAGGCAGCCAUCUUAGAGGACCUGGUCACUGAUGUUCCCCUGGAGUUUGAUUUCCUGUUUUCCCGUUCCCAUGCCGAGGUCAUUUCUGGGAAACAGGAAGGAGUGUAUGCAUGGAUUGGCAUUAAUUUUGUGCUGGGCCGCUUUGAUCAUGCUGAUGAGGAGGACGCCACAGUUGAGGUGACAACAGGGUCUCAGAACCAGCAGCCAAUCAGCAGGCGGCGCACAGUGGGCAUCAUGGAUAUGGGUGGAGCUUCACUGCAGAUCGCCUAUGAGGUUCCCAGUGCCAUCACCUUCAGUUCACCACAGGAGGAGGAGGCAGGGAAGAGUGUUCUCGCAGAGUUUAAUCUGGGCUGUGAUGUCGAGCACACACAGCAUGUUUACAGAGUCUACGUCACCACGUUCCUCGGCUUCGGAGGGAACAUGGCCAGGCAGCGCUACGAGGACCAGCUGGUCAACAACACGCUGGCCAAGAACAGGUUUCUGACCACACAGACAGGCCUGAGUGAGGACAAACCGUACCUGGACCCCUGUCUGCCCACCGGUCUGUCGGACACAGUAGUGAGGGACAACCACACGUUGUACCUGAGGGGUCAGGGUGACUGGACUCGCUGUCAGGAAGCCGUACGACCCUUCCUGGGCCUCCACAAUGGCACCAUGUCACCAGGGGGCGUCUAUCAGGCUCCCAUCAACUUCAGCAACAGUGAGUUCUACGGCUUCUCCGAGUUUUUUUACUGUACGGAGGACGUGCUGAGGCUGGGAGGACAGUACGACAGCGGAAAGUACUCCCGAGCUGCUAUGGACUACUGCUCCACCAAGUGGUCGACGCUGAAACAGCGUCUGGACAACAAGCUUUUCUCUCAGCAGGCCGACAUUAGCAGACUCAGGUAUCAGUGCUUCAAGUCAGCCUGGAUGUACGAGGUGUUGCACUCCGGUUUCCGCUUCCCCACCGACUACCCGAGUCUGAAAACAGCCCAGCUGGUUUAUGACAAGGAGGUCCAGUGGACUCUGGGAGCCAUCCUGUAUAAAACCCGCUUCCUGCCUCUCAGGGACUUGCAGCAGGAAACGUUGCGGCAGAACCACCCCAGCUGGCUGCGCUCCUCCUUCGUCUACAACCACCACCUGUUCUCGCUCUGCAUCCUGGUGGUGGUGCUGGCCAUCCUGCUCUACGUCCUGCGCCUGCGGAGGAUCCACCAGCGGGAGCAGCGGCAGGCCGAGGCCCUGAACCUCCUCUGGGUUGAAGAGGGAGAGGCCCUCCUCCCGUGAGAAAUGCUGGACCGGACUGGAAAGAUGUUCUCUGUGUUUACCUUCUUCUGUUCAAGACCAGUUUGGAAGAGAGGAAUCAACUUUGCAUAACAGAUUGAAGAGCUAUCAAAAAUUUGCUCCCCGUUUCGCUGAUGUUUCAACCUCAUUUAAUGGGAGUGUGGACAGUUAAUCUGGAUUCAGUGAGAAGACAGGUGAUACUCCCCAGCAGAGGAUGUUUAACACAGGAACAUGGAUUUGUUGAAGAUGGUUCAACAUGCAUUUAGGAGAAGCUGCCAGAAGGCACAGGAGAAAGACAGUGACCCUGUUGGGAUUCAGGUGUUUCUGUGCAUGGAAAGAUAUUCAUGUGGUAGAAAGGUGAUUUCAACAGCUGCUCGCAGGGUCAUUGAAUCCCCAUUGAAGGCCAAAUAAUCUGAUCUGUCCACAGUGAAACUACAUCUCAACUAAUCCAUCGGCCAUUCAUCCUCACUAGAGACUGAAUCCUGAUGACUUUGGUGAACCUGUGCAGCACGUCAGUGCAUGGCAGGAUACCUCCAGAACGGGUCUGGCUUGUCUCAGCUGCACUUAUCAAGGCUAGCAUAGCAGGCUGUGUUGAUGCCAUACGGGCUGGAUGGUUGAGAUGAGGACGAUUCUUUGAGCAUUCAUGUCAUAUGACACUAAUUUAUUUACAGCCCGAUACCAAAAAAGUUGGGACGCUGUGAAAAACAGAUAAAAACAGAAUGCAAACAAAGGGUGUUUACCAUCAACAGUUUCACCAAGUGGUGAACCUCGCUCCACCCUCGCUUGUGAACGACUGAGCCUUUCCAGGAUGCUCCUUUCAUACCCAAUCAUGAUACUAUCACCUGUUACCAAGCAACCUGUUUACCUGUGGAAUGUUCCAAACAGGUGUUUUUGGAGCGUUCCACAACUUUCUCAGUCUUUGGUUGCUCCUGUCUCAACUUCCUGACAUCAAAUUCAGAAUAAGCAGAUAUUUACAAAAAUCAGUGAAGCUGAGGAGCUCAAACAUUAAGCAUCAUCAUUAAUCACAGUCUGUUUUAUUUUGUUUUACACAGCGUCCCAACUUUUUUUAUGAAUGAGGGUUGCAACAAUCUAACUUUAAUUUUGGUUUAAUUAACUUAAAUGACAACUUUGGCUGACGCGAGGCAUCAUUUAUGAACUGUUCCAGGUAUGUCUGUAUUAUAAAGUGCCACGUUGGAUAUCUCACGACUUUCAGAAAAUCUGAUUCAGAGAGUGGAAUUUAAGCAGAUUAGAGUCUGAAUGUGUGUGAAUGAGGCACAACAAGACAGGCUUGUUACUGCCGAGCUAAAAAAAACCACCCGUGUUAAAAUGCUAAACGUUUAUUUAAUAUAAACGUGUCGAUAUAGCUUAAAGUACAGCGGAGUUCAACAAGGUCUAACUGACAAUGAAGAAAGCUGAGCCAAGUAUGACAAUGUAGAGCUGAGCCUGACAAGCACAGCCUGAAAUGUCCCAAAGUGGCCACUGUACAGGUGUGCAGAUAACAACCUGACCUUUCACCUGAAGCCAGACUUGACAUUUCUGCCACUAGUGGAGGAUCUAAAAACAUCAGUUACCUGACAGACUUUGUAUAGUUUCCCAAAUGCGAUAUUACAUCGCUGGUGCUCCAGAUCUGUCUACACCUGCUCCCUCCCUUCAACAUGUACAUGUGACCUUUGAGUAUUAGGUGGCAGAUUUGAAGACGACCUGCAGACAGAGAAAGAAGAGGAGGCUGUCACUCAGCUGAGAACUGAUUUUUGUUUCACUUUAAAUCUCAGCAUCCUUCUUUUAUCACCUCUGAGCAGGUGAAACAUUCACACCUCAAAAGUAAAUCAGCAUUGCGCUUCAGUGAUAUCACAGUGGGCUGUCACCGUGAGUGUGACAGUACUUUUCUGCCAUCAAAGAUAUUGUUUCAUCUGCACCUCCGUCCGUCCCGAUGGGAUCAUUUCCUCGACGGCGGCCCCCGCGGGCCAGUGAUGUCAGCGGCGCAGCUCAGGCCUCAGACUGUGCUUUGAUACUUCACGCCACUGUUGUCCUGCCAAGACCCCGUCCAGCACAGAUUUUUAUCAGAGGAAAGCCAGAGCCAAGAGGCAUUUUAGCUGAAAUAAGCAGAGAGAUCUGCUCUGUGUUUGGAUGAAGGCGCUGAAAGACCCCGGAGGCCUGAUUCAAACAGAUGUCGUCUGAUUUCUGAACGCAGUAACUCCAUGAAAGGGAAGAAAGUCUCAUGCUGCUAGCCAAAAUGGAUGCUGGGACACGGCAGAAAGCGUUGAAAAGAUCUCAGUGUGCGUGAAACAUUUUGUGUGGUUUCCAAAAUGAACUACUUUGAAGCCAUUUUUGCCUUACCCCGAGGGUCUGUUUUAUUCCGCUUCAGGUCGACUGUAUUCCACAGCUGGGAAUGAAGCCACUGAUAUGGCUGUUUUUAUUAUUAUUGUUAUUAUUAUUGUGUUUUUGUGAGUCUUGACUGAUACAGGUGUGCAACAAACCAUGACGAUGCUGAUAUGUGUCUGAGUAGCACCUGGUGAAUCUUUCUGACAGGUUAAAUAAGGGAGCUUUAACUUAAAACUGUGAUUCCACUCCACACUGCUGAAUGUGUCGUGUACACACUCGUACACACGCCUUUCUUUUCUGACACGUCCUCGUCAAAAUUAUCAGUGUGUGUUUUUAACCUUCAUCUCCUCAUCCGUACUUCAGAAAUGCUUUUCCACUUGUGAAUCUCGAACCACUAGCAGAAGUUUCUGAGACAGCAGCCGGAGAGUCUGAGGCCUCAGAGUGAUGUGCUUCUGAUGCCCUCGAACACCUCAAACUCUCCUCUUACUGUGGACCUGAUUCAUCCUCAUGUGGUGUGAAGAAUUUCUGCUGCUCCUCUGAUGUUUGUCUCCCGCCAUGGGACCAGUGGUUGAGUGUGUCUUUCGAGCGCUGGGCGUUGUGCAAUGUUGAACAGUAACUCACUGAAGGGGACACUUGACUUUGAUGUUUUUAAUUAAGGUACUUUUAACAUCAAUGUAAAUAGAAACCAUUCCAAUCCAAUAAAGAAUCAUUUUGUA